GGGUAGUCUAGGAUUGCUGAAUACUCAUUUUUGGCACCGCUCGUCACGGUUGAUUUUCAAGGUUGACACACGUUCCAAUGGUCGUUUUUGGCGGGAUUGUUUUCGUAAUCGGCAUUUUUUUGUCUGGUGUAUUUAUUAUCUGGAAAUUGUAUAAUAAGUCAGUUAAAAAAGGUGGACAGCGCCCACACGUACAUCCAGCUGCUGCUGGCAGAGUGCGUCGUCGCAUUGGGAAUGUAGGUGGACAGCGCCGUUUGGCUGCUCGGAUGAGAGAUGCUUCAGAAUCUGAGGAGGACGGUAGGCGUGUUAGAAAUGUCAUGGAAAAUGUAGACAUCCAGCCUUCAGAUACAGAUCAUCCAAAAGAAAGUUCAAAGAAAGUUGGCUCCAAAAAAGCUGCCAAGUUAGCUGAAAAGGAACGUCGAAAGGAAGAGCGAGAAGCUGAGGAACGUUACAGGGAGCACCAAAGGAAAAUCGAAGACAUGGAAAUUGAAAAACGUAAGAAAGCAGAAGAAGCAGAAGAAAAAGCUGCAGCAGCUGCAGCUGCUGCUGAAGCUAAACGUCGUGAAGAAGAAGCAGCUCGUGAACAAGCUGAAUAUGAGCGCUUAAAACAAGAGUUUAUUAUUGAGGAAGAAGGAGUAGAUGUACAACAACAAGAUGACAAAGCAAAAGCAAUGAUUAAUGCACAAAUUAUUGCAGCUAUUGAAGAAGCAAAAAUUAUUCCAGUCGAACAUUUGGCAAUCAAUUUAAAUUUAAAGACGGAGGUAUAUUUUUCUUCUUACGGAAUAUCGUUAAAAUGGACUUUUUUUGGAAUCGCUCGCUUAGUGGUUGAAACAGUUAGGUUUUACUCAUCAAGUCUUAGGUUUGAACUCUGUUUCUUGUACUUCAGUUAAGCAAACUGUGUAAAAUCGUUGAGCUUUACGCUAAAAGUAUGGUUUAAAAUCAAAUACACGGAUAUGUACUCAAUGAAUUACACUAUUAAUAAUCAGAAAGUCUUCGUAGUAGAGGACUUGAAAUCAGUCAUCCCUGUUCGACUUAAUUCUAAAAAUAACUUAAUAUGUCAUCAACUAUUCUUUUUUUAUUCUCUUCUUUCUCCACUAAAGUUUAUUAUUUUAUUUGAACACAAAUAUUGGUACAAGGGGCACCAGAUAUAUAUCCGCCACACCAAGAAUAGUAUUUUCAGUAAAUAUCGUCAUUCCAUUCUGUUUGUGUGUGGGCUGUGAUACUGCCCGGGUGCCCAGACCGGAGCAGGUGGUUUUCUUAGGGAGCCACACCUCGAGCCUUUGAUCUAAAGGUCUGACCCACAAGGCAGUGGAGCAUCGUGAGGAGAUGCAGUCUCAUGGUAGCCGGUGGCCAACAAUUGGUUGAUAUGCCAUUUGUUCCUUCAGGAUUCUGGAGCUCAUGUACAUGAUUGGUUUGGAAUCAGGGUUUUCCAACUCCCCUAGAUGAACUCACUGUCCACCGGCCCGGUUAAAGCACCGGACAUUCGCUUUUCGUCCUCUCAAUUUCAUAAACAACACCCCCGCCAAGAGAAGGCAGUGAGUAGGACUUCCCUGGAAGAGGCUAUAUAAGCGUAGCCGUGUGAGAGCAUUUCGAGAGGGAGGGCGGGCCCUCCCCACUCUCGGCCAUACCAGGGCAUUCGGGGGCCCACUGAAGUUGGAUUUUGGCUAGCAGAGUAAUCCGAUCUUACCAAAACAAUGUGGCAAUCGGCUAGUGAUGGAUAUGUGCCAAUAAAGCCUGAUCUAUCAUAGUCCUAAAUAUAAAAGAUACGAAAAUGUAAACCCAUAAAACAAUGUCUUUAGAUGCGAAUAAAACAAAGAUUCCAUUCAGUUAAUAUAUGCAUUUUAUUGUUUAAAAAAAUUGGUGAAAAAUUAAAGUAGGAUCGCCACAGAUAUUUAUUCUGAGAAACGUUUGAUUAUAUCUAGAGCUCCAGGCUGAAUAAUCCUUAAGACCAGUAAAUGGUAAUCUAGUUCAUUUAUGCUUAAUUUUACAAACUGAUCACCUAUUUUCUAAAACUUAUCCUCAGCAUGAGAAAACAAUGAGGGGUUUACGAGACGCUAGAACGACACAAUAAACAGAACAAAGCCACCGUUAUUUACGUUAGAGACUAGUAAUACUUGCUGAUUAAUGGAUACUGAUCUACAACACGCGUUACGGGAAGUCGGAAUCACUUGGUAUUGAAUGGAAGCUAUCAUUUCGAGAUAGUGAUGAUCAAAUAUAAAAAGUUGUCGGACAUCAGCUCAGUGAAUUUAUCUUUCAUUAGGAUUAUCAACCUAAUCUUUCAUAGCCUCACUAACGGUGAGAGGUUUCCAGAUUAGAAUAAACUUCUCCGGUUUUCAUUGUAUGUAAGUCAGUCUCUUUUAGCUCACUGUCAUCAACUACUUUGAUAUAUGAAGUCAUCAACUGUUCCCAACAGCUCACCACAAAGAGAAAGUUCUAGCAUAGAUUUUUGACACUUUUGUAGAAGUAGAAGCGCAAUUCACAUUUUAUUUGAGAAUAUAUAUUAACGAUAGAAAAUGAGGUUGGGAAAAAUCAAGAGAUUUUGAAGUUUUUUCAGUUUUGUAAUUGUGUCUUCUCCAUAGCAUCUUCGAGGUCCCUAACACUGUUUUCUCAAAACCUUGUUAUCCUUAAUUUUAUUCUCUCAGUUUCGUCUUUCUGUUCUUUUAACAGUCGUCUUAUUUCACUUUAUAUUUUGUCAUAAUGUUUUAAUAUUAUAAAUAACAAUCAAUAUUUGUCUUUGCUGGGUGUUACGUAACUAUUGUCUGUUAUAAACUGUGGAGUUUAAACUCCAUUAUUUUUUAUUACAAAAUGUUAUAUAAUAAAAUUUAACUUUCAUAAGCUUACUACCUGUGUUUUCAGGUAUAUGGACAAUACAGACAAAUAAUCAUACGAAGAACUUGUCUUAUUUCAUCCAUAAAGGCUUAGAAUUAUAUGUUGUAUACUGUUGCCUAACAUUCCAUUUGUUGGUUAAUAUGAUAAUGAAAUGGUUUUCAUAUAGUCACAGUAGUUUGUCUAAUUUUCACUAUAUAUCAUUACAUGUUGUUCGAAUAUUUAUUUAAUCCUCGAAUGGUUAUAUUUUAUUACCUUUGUUGCGUGUUUUGAGUGGUUAAGCUAUUGUAAGUGGAUAUUUAUAAUUUUUAAAGUUCUCUUGAUAAUUUGUUAGCUAAAUGAUUAUAUUUUAAACGAUAAGUUUUAUUUUAAUAGCUUAAGCUCGCUAGUCAUGCAUAAUGAAGCCGGUAGCAGUUUUACAUGAAUGCAUAAAUCCCGGUCACUGUAAGUGUCAUUAACAUACAGCUAAAUAAUCAUAAACCUUUUAGGAAUUCUGCAUUAGUUUUUAUCAUUCCGUAAUUUUAUUUUUCUUGUCAAGGUUUGUAUAGAAAAGGUCAAAGCACUUAUGUCUUCUGGUCGGUUAACUGGGGUAUUGGAUGAUCGAGGCAAAGUUAUUCAUAUUACAAAUGAUGAAUAUGAAGCCGUUGCUCAGUAUAUUGAAAAAUGUGGUCGUGUCACUUUAUCAGAAUUAGUUGAGAAUGGGCAUAAGUUAAUUAGAACUGGACCAAAUACUUCAAGAGGAUAACUUUAUUCUAAUAAAUAAUGUAAACUUGUUUAUUUUAGUCUUUUUUGACUCCCUACUUUGGUUACUAUUGUUUAUGUACAGUUGUUUCCUUACCAAUUUUACAACAUAAUAUAUUACUUAAUACUAUUGUUACCAGUACUAGUGGUAAUCAUAUGUGAUAACGGUUUUCAAUGUUAUUGUUUGUGUUGCAAAAAAUACCUUUUCAACUUCGAGAUUAUUAUAAAGUGGUAUAUGUUAUUUUGAGGUUAUGUUUUAUUCACUUUAUUUGACGAAUUCUUAAUUUACAAACAAUCUAAUUAUUCCAAUGCAAAUAUAUGCACCUUGAAUAUGACCGAUGACUAUUGUGUAUUGUUUUUCUUUCAAGGUAGUCAAGUAAAGUGCUGUAAGAAAUAAGAGAAGAUACAGUAGAUUUCACUUUUCAAAUCAUGCGCUUUUCCCUCAUUUUCAUACGACAUUCCAAUGAGUGACAGAAACCACAACAAAUGAUAAUAUAUGACCUUUGAUUGCAAAGAGGACUUUAUUUAAUGAUUAAA